AUGGCGGACGACCCACCUCCGCUCAGCAAGAAGCUGCGUCGGAAGCAGGAGAAAACGCAAUGGCUGGCUGGCUGGCUGCGUGCAACGCUUCUCAAUUGA